AGAGCGCAUUAUUGUUCGCGGGAGGGAGAGAAUCGACUUCUCAUGGCGUCGCAAUUGCAGGCAGCCGCGCCGGAAUCGGACUGGAAAUCCGACGUUUCAGCCGACGCUUUCGACGAAUCUACAUUCUUCCUGCGCCGUUGCUGCUGCAUCUGGACUUUCCCUUGCUACGGCACGCCCAAAACCAAAAAUUGGGAGCGAAUUUCGACAUCGGAGACCGAAGACGUCGCCGGAGACCGGAGUUGGUGGAGCGAUGGAGUGGAGGCGUUUAAGAAGGUGAGGGAAUGGUCGGAGCUAGUGGCGGGGCCGAAGUGGAAGACGUUCAUCAGGCGGUUCAACAAGGCGCCGGCGCGGCCGAAGUCGGGGAAAUUCCAGUAUGAUCCUUGUAGCUACGCGUUGAAUUUUGAUCAAGGUCCGGGGCAAAACGGUCAAUUCGAGGACGACGGAGUUUUCCGAGACUUUCCGUCGCGGUAUGCGGCGAUCCCGGCGCAGAACAGCCUGUUGAAGGACGGUGCGACGCUCACGUGACCCCUGCGAUCUGCGCUGACGUGGCGUGCAGAAAGUCGGUUGGGUAACGCAAAUGGAAUAUAGUUGGGUGGGCACAUUUAUUUUAUUUUUAGUGAAUACUAUUAGUACUCAUUAAUUUGUUUUAGGCAUUUUUAGUUAUUUAAUUUUUUCAAUUAAAUUGUUAAAUUACAUGUUAAAGAUUGAAUAUCUUCAAAAUAAUUUAUUUGUAAUACGUUUCCUUCUAUGAAUGAUGAUUUUAUAUACUCUA